AUGGAUGCGUUGCAAAAGAUUGUGUCCCGACGGCUUACGGAUCACUCACAGAAACGUCAUUCGAAGCGCUUAGUUGCUGAAAUGAACAACAGCGAAUGUGCUUAUGGCGUUAACACCACCAUCAAUAGUAGCAACGUCAUCAAUAACAAUUCAACGAUUCCGAACGACGACUGGAAUUUGCAUAUACUGAGCUUAAAUCCCAAUUUUGAAAUGUUGAGUUGUGAGGUGCAAUGCUCUAAUGGAAACGAUGACUCGCUAGGCAAUGAUCUAAUGGUAAAUUCAUUGAGUAAUGUCGACCACUCAAUGAUACCAUCACCACAAGGUAGCAGUAGUGUUUCAAGUGAUGGUUAUUCAAGUAAUACGAGUAAGUUGAGUGUCACUGCUGAAUUGAAUUCCAACGAACUCAUCAAUGUUCCAAGAGAUGGUCGCGAACGAGCAAUUCAUAAGGUGUCAAGUGUGGUUCGUAAAAAGCUUUCGUUGAGUAAUCUGUUUUCAAAACACUUGCAUUUGUACGGUGAUGAGGAUUGUGAAUCGGAUAUUGACGGUAGUUGUAAAGGGAGACGGUCGAGUGCACGAUGUGAAGUGAAGAAAGCUGCGAAAACGAAGCCGAAACGGAAGAAGGUUGAUCUGAUUGAUGUUCGCAUAUUGGGAAGGAGGCAAGAAAACGAAAAUCAACAUUUACUUAUUGAGGAAAUCGGUGACGAUGAUUAG